GAUCAUAAUGAUGUCACUCCCUGUGUCUCCAGUCUCACAUCCAGAGCACCUCAGACAGAAUCCAGUUCAACGACUUGCAGUCGCUGCUGUGUGCCACUCUACAGAAUGUCCUCCGUAAGGUGCAGCAUCAGGACGCCCUGCAGAUCUCGGACGUGGUCAUGGCGUCUCUGCUGCGGAUGUUUCAGAGCACAGCUGGGUCUGGAGGCGUUCAGGAGGACGCUCUCAUGGCCGUUUCCACGCUGGUCGAAGUUCUGGGCAGCGACUUUCAGAAGUACAUGGAGCCCUUCAAGCCUUUCCUGGGAAUCGGACUGAAGAACUACGCCGAGUAUCAGGUGUGUCUGGCAGCUGUCGGUCUGGUGUGCGACCUGUGCAGAGCUCUGAUGUCAAACAUCCUGCCUUACUGUGACGAGAUCAUGCAGCUGCUGCUGGAGAACCUCGGGAAUGAGAAUGUCCAUCGGUCGGUGAAGCCCCAGAUCCUCUCUGCGUUCGGUGACAUCGCCCUGGCCAUCGGAGGAGAGUUUAAGAAAUACUUGGACAUCGUCCUGGACACCCUGCAGCAGGCAUCACAGGCACAGGUUGACAAGACGGACUACGACAUGGUGGACUAUCUUAACGAGUUGAGGGAGGGCUGUCUGGAGGCGUACACUGGGAUCAUCCAGGGCCUGAAGGGGGACCAAGAGAACGUGCACCCUGAUGUGAUGUUGGUUCAGCCUCGGGUAGAGUUCAUCCUCUCCUUCAUCACCACAUAGCCGAGGAUGAGGAUCACUCUGAUGGAGUCGUGGCAAACGCUGCAGGACUCAUCGGCGAUCUGUGCACGGCGUUUGGUAAAGAUGUAAUGAAGCUGGUGGAGGUUCGUCCGCUCAUCAACGACCUGCUGACAGAGGGUCGACGCUCCAAAACCACCAAGACCAAGACGCUGGCCACAUGGGCCACCAAGGAGCUCCGCAAGCUCAAGAGCCAGGCCUGAUUGUUGCCGGUCGGGAAAGAGAGAUUUUUGAGAGAUCGACAUCAGUGAACAAUGAGGACAAACUGCCCCACUGGAAAAAACUCUUCUGUCUUUGUGUCGAGCGUCCGGUCGAAGCAGAAGUGAGACGAAGUGUGAGCUGAGUGAGUGUCUGUGUGUGAGAGAGAGAGAGAGAGACGUGUGAGCGAGCGAGCGAGAGACGAUGACAUCACACCACCUUCAGUUCCGGCAGGCGACAACUCCCCCCUACUCCCAAAACAACUCCCCUCCUUUUUCCUGGACGGCCUGUGGACUGGACUUUGACUCCCCCCUCUUCUAAUUCCCCAAAAUCAAAACAAACAAAAACUCACCCUCCAGCCCUCCCCCCUCCUCCUCCUCCCUCAAACCACCUCUCUCGCUGUAGCCGGGCUCUCCAACGACAUCACGAUGACGUCACUGACCCGCCGCCGCCCCCGGAGCCAGGGGGAGGGGGGGAGGAGGGGAAAUAGAUAAAAACACGACGAGAAAAUAAAAGACUUUUGUGGAAUCAAAGCUACAAAGCGAGCGGACUCAGUGGACUUCUGUGGAAACUUUAGAUUUUGGUUGCUCUUAUUUUUUCUUCUUUUUCUUCCUGCGAGCACUCUAAACGGCGACGGAGAUCUGACGGACACCUCCACCUGCUCAGUCUCCGGUCUUCGAUGCUCUUAUCCAAACAACAACAGCACUAAAUUCCUUCAACACAAAAGUCAAAACCGACGAGGAAUCCUCCGAGGAGCGAGUGCCAAAUGGAAUAGUUUAGCGGAAAUAAAGCGCGCGGUGUGAGCUGCUGGUGAAGCGUUUCAGUUUUUAUUUCCCUGCUGCACUUGGUUUGGGAACAGGUCACUCACCAUUUUUGCUUGUUUAAAAAAAAAAAUUCAGAGAAUUGAAGACAUUUGUAUAAGGUUAUAUUUUUCCAUUGCUAUGAUGAAAAUAAAGUAAAAAACAAUAAAAUGAUAUGAAACAUUCCCCAAGCA